AUGGACGGUCCUCUGGUAGGAACGGUUCUCCUUGGUCAGGUGGUAUUUCAUCAAUGGAGCUGUGAGAACGAGCAUAAUGCGUGCUUGAUUGUCCAUAGCUGUUCGGUGGUCGGCAGUGAGACGAAACACAAACUGAUGGAUGCAGAUGGAUGCUCCAAGGACCCAAAAAUUCUGCCAGACCUCAACUAUAUCAGUCCUGUACGUUUUUCGUGGUCCUUUGUGAACCUCCCAAUGGCCGUUUCAUCUGCCUCUCAAUCCGUAAACGUUUUUCCAUUGCGCACUUUAAUUGCUAACAAGGCGAAUCGAAAUCGCAGCUAA